AUGUCAGGGUGGGCUAGUGAACCCAUGGGCAAGCCAGUGUCUGGAUGGGGCGAUAAGGAUAACAAUAUUGCAUCAAAGAUUGGAAUGGAACAGAAUAAGAAUAUGUGGGAUGAGAGAGUCCAGGAAUUAGACAUUCCUGAGCUGGAAGCAGACGCUGAGCCUACCCCUCAAGAUGACAACACCAUACCUCCGGAAAUUGAUAACAAAAUGCUCGGGCUCGAAGAUUUGGAAAAGGAUAUGGCACAUAAUGUACCUUCUCAGAUUGAAGAAGGAGUUGACUUAAGUAUUUUGACAAGUGUUAUCCGUCCUAUUGCAGAUUUAAUAGAAGCAGACAUUUCUUGGGAUUAUAAAUCUCUACAAGCAGAAAUAGGUCAGGCAUACCGAGAGAAAUUUGCAAAGGAAAGUAAGGAGCAUGAGGAAUAGCUAAUCUCAGUUUUAUACCUUAUU